CCCUCACUCUGCCCCACCAUCUCCGUGCACUACAACACCACCCACCAUCAAUGCGCUACUUGUACCUUCCCCUCGCCUUGCUGGGCGGCUACAUGUUCCUCUUCUCGAGCCUAUGCGCCGAGCAAGGCGUGCGUCUCGAUGCUCUGCACAAAGCGGGCUUCUUCCCCGAAGGCGCGCCAGUGCGCUACACAUACCUGCACAUCCCGGUGGUAGACGCAGUGCUGCAAUACCUCGUCUCGUUUUUCUACGAGUUCGUCGACGGCAGCAACCCCGACUCCCGCGUCUUCGCUAUCUACUUCCUCCUCGUCAUUGCGCCGGUAUUUGGCAUAUGGGCGGUCGAGACUAGUCGCGGCAGCGGAAGGCUCCUCCUGCCCUGGACCCUGGCAAUGCAACUAACGGGCUGCUGCACCGCCGCACCACUAUUUUACUUCCUGCACUCAUCCCGCACAUCCCCCAGCUCCCCUUCCUCCCCUUCCUCCCCUUCCUCCCCCUCCCUCCCCCCCUCCCGCGCCCGCGCGCUCGCCCCAGCCCUGUUCCUAUCCUACGUCCUCCCCACACUACUGAUGUUCCUCCCCCUUUCCCCUCCCCAUCUCCAAGCCGCCAUCGCGGUCUGGCAAGCCUUCCCCCUCUGGUUUACACUUUCGCACAGUGCCCUAACCAACCUAACCCACCUAACCCACCUGGCCCACUUCUACUCCCGCGCGGGCACCGAGGACCCCCGCCGCGAGCGCGCGUAUGUUGACAGGGUGUACACGCUCGUCUCCCUCGUCUCCGCGGGCGCGCAUUUGUACCUGCUGCGGUACGUACUCGCGGAUCCGAACCCGUGGGAAAGGGUCAAGGCGGUUUUUUGGCCGCGGUGGGAAGUGGAGACUGUGGCACAGGCGUCCGCGAUUAUGUUGGGCGGGGAUUGGUGGAUUAGUCUUCUGGCCACGGUGGCGUGGGGGGUGGGGGGGGUGUGGGGUCAGAUGGAGGGGGGGAAGGGGUGGGGGCGGAAGUUGGCGGUGAUGGGUGCGGUGGUGGCAGCGGCCGUAAUGAUUAGUCCGGGCGUGGUUGUGGCGGAGUGCUGGAGGUGGAGGGAGGGACGGUUGAGGGAGAGGGCGGCGGGGAAGAAGAGGGUGUAGGUGUGUAGGUAUGUAGGUAGGUUGGGUUGCAUGACUGGUGGGAAUGAAUGGGAGUUCGAAUGUAAGCGAAGCGUGGGGUAGGGAGUGUUGACGACGGGUGCUUAUUUUGGCUUGUCGGAGUUGGGCAGUAUCUAGAUUCCAAGCAUGUGCCUGAGGAGAGGGGCGGCCACAUGUGGUAUCACUCGUAUAUCCGCGGGAUCUACACAAGCCAGCACUCGAAUAUCGACAACCACCCACAGGCUACUAUCGAUUAUUUACGUCUACUUGCCUAUUCCGACCACUGGUUCUUUGCAAUACUCCCUUUCUUUUCGUCGUCGCUGUAAAGAGCCUUUGUAGCUUCUCAGCAUUGUCCUUGGC